CGGGGUCGUAAUGCACUUAAUUGUCUUUCAUUCUGGUUACCAGUGCCACCCAAUUAUAAAGUUACGUACGUCGGGUUUGGUGCAUGUCGCGAUGAGGAACACGAUAUGAUACCAUCAUUGAUGUAUGUCGCUUUCAAACAUGAUUUCGGUUCCUGGUGUUGACAAAGGUGUCAAAAAUUACGCCGUUUUUGAGUUGGUUUUUGUGUCAUGUUUGUGCCUCGUGAUUGCGAGUUUCGCCCCGGAGCAGGUUUAUAUUUUGAAUGGUGUCGAUGAAAGAAAUUACAUAUUGAUAAGUCCGGAAGUUUUGCGACCUCUUAUUCCUUAUGGAAUCAUGGUGCAUGUAUUCGACAAUGUUUUCAAUCGUUGCUCCAAUCGAACCAUCGACUUGUACGCUUCCAUUUAUUCCAAAAGUAAUGAAAGCAUAGCCUCUUCAGUAACUAAUAUAUUCUGCAAUUCGCCAGAAAUAGUGAAUUUACAAAUUCCUAUUUCGCUUCCAUCAGAUGUUUACAGGUUGCACGUGUUUGCCGUAGAUUCUGUUGAUAAGAAGAAAAUCUUUGAUAAUUCGAAACAGCUGAUUUACCAACGGAAUUUUGUAUCCGUCGUAUUCCAAACUACUCGUCCAAUUUACAGUUCAGGUCAACUUGUACGUUUUAGAAUUCUUGUGUUACAAACUUCAUUGAUACCAUUCAACGAUGUAAUGGACGUGUUUGUUCUGGAUCCCGAUGGACUGAUAAUGAGAAGAUGGCUUUCUACCUACACAAACAAUGGUGUACUGACUUUAAAUUUCAAGUUACCCAAGUUGGCCAAAGAUGGUAUUUGGAAGAUAAGAAGUCAAAUCAAUAAUCAAAUCGAUGAACAAUCCAUUAUCGUCGAAACAUAUUUUCAACCGUUUUUUGAGGUAAUCGUUUCCUCUUCGCCUUACAUACCAGAAACCGAGAAUAACGUCACCGCUACCAUAUACGGUAUAUUUCCAUCUCAAAAAUUAGCCCGUGGAAAUGCAACGAUCACUUGGUCAGCUCGGAAAUAUCGCGAAAAUGAUACUUUCCACGUAAUCCAAACUGAAAAUGUAUUCAUCAAAGAAAUUCGAUACCAAGCUACCCUACCCUUCGAAACAAUCCGUACCGUAUUCGAAACACUGGUUGGAAUCGAGAUUAAAAUUUUAGUCUUCAUGACGGAGUUCAUGAGCGGAGAAACAAUGUCGGGUUUCAGUCACAGCAGAAUAAUAUCAAACGAUAUCAGAAUUAGGUUUUUAUCACAAUCUCCCAUCGUAUUCACGCCUGGAAUGCCAUUGCGUGGUCACGUGUCUGUAUCUUACAACGAUAUCGAAAAAAUACCGAGAGAAAUUUUAGAGAACUCGAUCCUUAGAAUAGAACUGAAAUGCGAUACAGUUUUUCCAAAUGGAAAACACGUUUCUGAAGUAGCUGUUGGAAAUUCAAUCGACGAUGAAUCGAAAAAAACAGAUUUAUACGAAAUGCUGCGGGAAAACCAAAUCAGAGAUAAGUUUUUGGAAAGCGGUAUUCUCGCGUACGAUUUCGAUAUUCCAGUCAGUACGAAGAGCGCAUCUUUGAGGGCGACGUUUAUUCAUAAAGAUGCUCAAUCUGAAAUCAAUAUCGAUACUAUCAAAAGAAAUUCUUUCGAUGACAAGUACAUCAGUGUUUGGACUUCAUCGGAUGAUUUAAAAGUUAACGAAUACGCGUUAUUUCACGUGAAAACUAAUUUUCCUAUGGAUAAUUUGUAUUCUAUUGUUUCGUCGAAAAAUAUCAUAUUGCAAGUAUACGAACACGAGAUUUCCUCCGGGUCUUUGGUUACUUUUUCAGUACCUUUGUCGGGAGAUAUGGCUCCUUUAUUCCAUUUAAUAGUUUAUAGUUUAUCCAAUGAUCGUGUAAUACGUAGCGACACAGUGACGGUUCCGGUGGAUGGAUUUUCCAGAUACGAAACAACAUUCGAGGUAAAUACUGGUAAAGAUUUUAAAAUUGAACGCGUCGAAGCAUUAGCUAGUGGAGGCGAAGGAGCGUUCAUUGGGAUUCAAGCAAGUCGUUCGGCUGUUUAUCAUUUACAAGGAGGGAAUGAGAUUACCAGGAGUAGAAUUUCGAAUAAUUUUUUGAAAUUUGAGAGGAGUUCGAGAUCAGUGAAUAAAAUCGACCGAAUAACCAGCGAUGGCAGUGUGGCUCCGGAAAGUUUUUAUUUUCUCGCUCAUAAUGUUAUUCUCGAUGACAGUCACAGUUUUGAACUCAAUGGUUUGAAUAUGUGGAGUAAUUUGAAAAAAUUCGAUGAUCUAAAUCGUAAAUGCGAUAAUUAUGAAAGUAUGAAUGCGACCUGUCUGUUGAAAAAUUGCGCGUUGAAAUCUGAGCUUUGCAGAAGUGUAAGAGGCUGUAACGAUGACUCCGAUCAAAUGAAUUGCAUCACAAUUGAAACUCCAGACGAAGAAUAUUACUUGAAUAGAACGAAUCGAAACUACUUUAUUUAUGACGCCAAAGAAGGCGACUGGGCAUUCACUCAAAUAAAGAAAAAUGAUCACGUUGGCGUCGAAUUCGAAUUUCUAAAUACUCCACGAACGUCAGACGAUUGGUAUUUCACCGUGUUCAAUAUGCAUAUGAUUUAUGGAUUCAGCAUUAUUCGGCAACCAGUUGUGUUUUCGAGCACAAGACCUUUGAUGGCAUUUGUCAUGGGGCCAAGUAAAUGUCAUCGUGGUGAGCAGUUGGGGCUGAAAUUACACCUACAUAAUCACGAUUAUAAUCAAAUGUUAGUAAUCGUCACUUUAGCAGCCUCCAACGAUUAUAAAUUCGUGAAUGUUGAAAGCGAAGGGGUAGUUAGUAGUUAUGGAGCCCGUUUGACUUCAGGCGAUCGACAAAUAUUAGUCUAUAUGGCAGCGAAAUCUGAAACAGAGAUACGUUUUCCUGUAGCCCCUUCGGUGGAACAAGGACUUAUCGAGGUUGUAUUUUUGGUGUCUUCGCAAACAGGGCUAGUCAAUGUGUCCCAUUUUGUACACGUUAAAAGCGAAGGAGUAUUAAUUAAUAGGCACACGUCCUUAACGAUGGACUUAGUGAACCGUGGUUUCACUCUCGACUACCUGGAUAUCAUCACGGAAGAAAGUCCCUUCGUUCCUUAUCAAUACUGGAGACGUUAUGUUUACGGGAGCCCAGCUGCUAAUAUCACAUUUUCAAAUGACGUCAUAGGUCCUAUUAAUUUUGAAAAUUUGUUCACUUUGGAUACCUUGUUGAAAAGAGAACCGAAAGGUGCUAUCGAUUAUGCCUCCGAGCUGAAUGCUAAUGUAUGGAUUCUGCAUUAUUUGCGUCUAACAAAUCAGCUGACUCCGGAUAUAUUGAAAAAUACGUUGAAAGAAUGCAAUUCUCUUUAUUCUACGAUUAUUCGUUAUUUCAACGUGGAAGGAUUUUUCAGUAAUUGGGAACCAGCGUCGUCUUAUCCGAGUGUAUGGUUAUCUGCGUGGGUGAUACGUAUUUUAAAAUAUGCGAAUUUUUCCGAAUGGCAGUUUUUGAUUUGGAUAGAUUCGUACAUAAUUAGGAAAACAUUACAAUGGUUACUUGCCAAUCAACAUUCUGAAGGUUAUUUCACAGAAACCAUCGUAUAUCGAGAAACUCCAUUUGAUAGCAGGUUUAUUUUUAAUAGCGAAGCCCAAUAUCGAAUAGCUCUUACAGCCCAUGUUCUAAUUACUGUACAAACUGUAGUAGAAUUUGGAGAUGGAGAUUUGAAUACACAUGUAAUAGUUUCGAUACUUAAUGCUCGAAAAUAUUUGGAGAAGAAGUUAUCGUCGUCGAUUCAUGAUCCUUAUUUAUUAGCACUUAUUUCGUAUGCUCUCCGAAUAACCAAUAGUCCAGAGAGUAAUUAUGCUUUCACACGUUUGCAUAAAGCUAUGCAAGUAAACGAAGAUGGAUACAUUUAUUGGUCCCAAACGCCUAUACCAAGUAAUCCAGUAAAACUUGAAAAUCAAAGACCUUAUCGUAUGCCUAGAUUAUAUCAAAAAACGGACUCACAAGCGGUAGAAGCGACUUCGUGGGCUUUACUGGUGUAUCUUGCGAAUGAAGGAGUCACUCCGGUCGUCGAAAACAUUGUUAAAUGGUUGAUUUCAACCAGAAUGUCGAAUUACGGUUUUAUCUCUAUUAUUGAUACCAACGUUGCUUAUCAUGCGUUAACGGAGUACGCUCAUAGAGCAAGAUUUCUAGAUUUAACCAAUAUUUACCUUGAUGUUGAAAUAAUGGCAUCUAAUUUUACCUCUCAUCAUAUACAUAUCUCCAAUAAGUCGAUCAAUAGUUACUUUUUUGAGAUCCCGUUUGUGUGGGGACACAUUCACGUGGUAGGAAAAGGAGCAGGCGUAGCUUAUAUCCAGAUGGACGUCGAUUACGGUGUUGAUCACGAACAUUUAGUUGAUAAACCUGAAUUGAAAAUGUUUGAUUUACAAAUCACCGAAUUCUAUUCCCAAUUUCGAAAUAAGUCCAUGAUAACUAUUCAAAGUUGUCCGAGAUUUAUUGGAGAAUCAUUUCGUAGCAGCGGAGCAGUUGUUUUGGAAAUUCAAAUACCUACGGGGUAUUUUUUACUCGAAACGCAAGCUAGUGAAAUUAUUCGCCGUAAAGUGCAUCCAACUUUGCGAGAUGUGCGCACGAUAGAUGGGAAAACAAUUUGGUUUUUCGAUUUUAUUAAUCGCGAAACUUAUUGUUUCAAUCACACGGUGACGAGAUGGUACCCUGUGGGAAAUCUGACGUUAUGUCGACAAGCUCUUCUAUACGCAUUGACUGCCAGAGAAAAUUUCGUCCAGGUGUUAAUCAAUUCAACAGCGUUACAAACUUUGAGCAUUUGUGAAGUUUGUGGAUCAUUUCAGUGUCCUUAUUGUCCUUAUUUUAAUGGAUCUAUCGUAUCUGCGAUGUUCGUUAAGCAGUUGUUGUGUAUUCCUAUUUUAUUUAUUGUGAACGCCUUUUUAAAAAAUGAAUAAUUUAUUGA